AUGGCGUCCGGUUUYGUGGAGAAAGUGUCAGAGAAAGUCUCAUUUACAACUAAGGUUCCGAUGUUAAUGAAAGCAACGUCUGAUAACGAAUCACCUACACCAGGCUAUUUAUACCAGGAAAUAAACAAAAUAACGUUCGAGUCUGUAUCUAAUUGUAAAUCGCUGGUGGAUUUCCUGAAUGACAGGCUCAAGAAAUCAUCCCCACACAUCAAAUACAAGUUAACACCAUGGGGGUUUUAUUUACAGAGUCUCCUAUGKUCUAUACUCAUUGACRUGAUUGCUCCAACAGGUUUUUGUGGCUCAAUAAACUCACUCCAUGGCGAUGCCCUCAAUCAGAAAGUUMGACAAGYAGCAACAGAACUUAUUGAAUUAUUAUUUAACAUUGAAAAUCCCGAGUCUGCACAGCAAUCUUUUAUCAUGGCAGGACCAACAGGAAAAAAGAUGGAUGGGUUUGGAAAUGCUCCAAUCCAAACUWCAAAAAGCACAACAYURUUKGACUCAGUUAAAGGMUURCGCAGUCAUAUUACAACAUUUUCUGGAUAUUUACAACCCAAACAGGGACUUGUGUYUUCAGGAUUUAAUGGAGAAACGUCAUCAACGUCAUCAUCCAAUGCUGAACCUACGUCUACUGUUAAAUUUGUUAAUUAUGAUACAUGGACAGAAGGAACUACAGAUGAAAGGUUAACUAGAAAUAUUGUGAGCAGUCCAGUUGAUGAUGACUUCAGCACAUCUGAGGAAAUUAAGSAGGAGGAGGAUGGRAAACUAGAAAGUCAGCUGGUUGAUAAAAUUACUGAAGAAGGAGGGAUACGAACUGUUCCAUCAAAACGUUCCUUGGAUGAGUUCAGUCAAAAUUUUCUGAUUCCCCUCAAUAUUUAUUCUUUUAACAUAGAAGCAACAUCUGAUACAUCCUACAAAGGACCAACUUCUGAAAUUUCGGGKAAUUUGAUUGACGGUUUAUUUAAUGAUGGUCUCUCCCAUGMAACCACCAAACCACCACAGCAAGAACAUCUUGACAUCUUUCAAGGACUUCAAAUUCGACAAGAAACCAAACMGUCCACAGARAAUCAACUUGAACUCAAUAAUCUUGAUUUACUUGAUAUUUGUGAUGAAAACAAACAACACAAAAAUGGAAUUAAUUCAAAUGCUGAAGUAUUYGAUCCAUUGGAUAUGGGUCAUAGCAAAACAACAACAACUGGUACAAAUAACAUAAAUGGGUCUAUKCUUUCUAUUCUGGUGGAUGAAAAGCCUUUAAAAUCAAACGCGGAAUGCAUAAACAGCAGUUUCCAUCCUCCCAAGAAAACUGUAAAUCCAGUAGAUUUGUUUAGUCAACAAGAUAGGAGUAAAGCAAAAGACAGUGACUUUAGUGAUCUUUUGAGUUUUGGACAAAAUCAAUCCUGUUUAACCARUCAACCAAGUUUAACUGACCAAUCAAGCUCAACGAGUCAAACCAGUUUAACAAGUCAAUCCAGUUUGACAAGUMAACCAAAUUUAACAAACCAAUCAAGUUUAACAAGUCURUCUGGUUUAACAAGUCAAUCCUGUUUAACAAGUCAACCAAAUUCAGUUGGCCAAUCAAACUUAACAAGUCAAACAAGCUUGGCAAGUCAAACAGGUUUYGGUUCAGGAAAUUCAAUGCUACARUCUCUACUUAUGUCAAAGACAAGCCAGCAGUCCACAAUACCUCUGAAUUUAUCCAAACCAUCAAGCAAAAAGACUGACUUUGAUUUCUUAAGCAAAUCAAAAAGAGAGAAUGCAUUUAGUUUUGUACAGGAYGAAAUGAAAGCCAGCAAAAAGUGAUAGAUGAUUAUUUUGUAUUUAAAAUAGAUUUUCGAGAGUUGAAACCAAAUGUUUUUGUAAACAAGUGUUAUUGGGAAUAGUCUCUUCUGGUGAAGCCGGAUUGGAAAACUGAGCUUAUUGAAUAUUAGAACAGCAAUUUAAAAUUGUGAUAAUUGGAUAUUUUAUGACAUCAAAUAGUUUUUUUACAUAUUUAUUAAAAUAUUCUAAACAUGAAAUUCUUAGUUGUUUUUCACACUUUCUUCCCUAUUUGGAUUCGUAACUUGUUUUGAGGGACAUUCCAUCACCACAGAAAUGCGAUUGUUGAGAUAUGCCGUCAUUCUUG